AAUUUGGCACCUAUCGACAAUGUUCCACCAAGUUCCCUGGUCACGUGGACAGAUCCACUGUUGGGGUUGGGCUACAGUCCGUGGGGUUGCUGGUAUGGGGGCUACGUUGACUCGCUAGUAGCAGGCACCAUGCUGGUGCCCGUACCAAAGUCCAAGGCCAGUUUCGAGACCAUGAUGACAUUUUUGGGCUGUUCUUCCCCUGGUCAACCGGCCAGGCCAGCUGGCUUGGCCGACCCAGGACGGACCACAGUGAUCUCUGAAGUACAUCUGAGCCUUUUCUUUCCAGAGAUUCCUCUUGACCUCCUGGAUAGCCGUGCUAGAACUCUCCAGCCCCAGAAUGGUUUCUGUCCUCUACGUUUAGCCAUUCAAACCCCAUUCGCAGUCUCACUAUUUAAGCACCCCACUCAUUCGCGGCCACAGUAAAAUCGAAUAACCACUACAGUCUUCAGUAUAAUGGCCUCCGCUGCAUCUAACGCCUCGUGUAUCUUUUGCAAGAUCAUCAAGGGAGAAAUCCCAUCGUUCAAGUUAAUUGAGACUUCGUUGUCUUACUCCUUUUUGGACAUCCAGCCCACUGCCGAAGCCCAUGUGUUGGUGAUCCCUAAGCACCACGGGGCCAAGCUCCAUAACAUCCCCGAUGAAUACUUGGCUGAUAUCUUGCCUGUGGUCAAGAAAUUGACCAAGGUAUUGAAGUUGGACACCAACAACACCCCAGAUGGUGAAGGCUACAAUGUGCUCCAGAACAAUGGUAGAAUCGCCCACCAGUUGGUUGACCACGUACACUUCCAUCUUAUUCCAAAGAGAAACGAGUCCACCGGCUUGGGUGUCGAGUGGCCAGCACAGGAAACCGACUUCGAGGCUUUGGGUAAAUUGCACAAGCAAUUGCAGGAAGAAUUGUCCAAGUUGUAGUGCUGGACCGUCAACAGAAUGAAUUCAACGAAUGUUUAUGUUAACCCAACUAAAUCAAUGUCCAUGCUAUGUUUAAUGUGAAAACAUCCAGAAUAUAUGCCGUGCUGACUGAAAUGUAGAAUGUUCAUCAUCGUCUAUGAUUACCACGUAGUUCCAUAUCCGGUCUA